UGUUUUUAGCAAAUUGCCCUUUGCUUGUUCUUGGUGUUUUUAGCUAGCACUUCAGUCUUCAGCAAUUAAUUGAAGAAAAAAUGGAAGAGGGUACGAUCAACAUGCUUCAUAGAAGAAGACCAAAGGCAAAUGGGACAAUUAUAGUUCCACGAAUGAGUCAUCCUCAAAGGGCUCCUUCUGGACAAGAUGUCGAUCAACAAGCAUUCGCUGCAGUUCGAUCAUUUCCUACAACAGCAUAUUCUCCCAACUUGGCUCAGGGUCAGGGAUUAUAUGUAUCAAACUUGGAAUCCAAUAGGUUUACAUAUCAAAGACAGGUUUCUGAUGCUGGAGAUGCUAGUCUUCAGGCUCUAUGGCUACUUUUCCUUAAACUUCAGCCCUCUUUAUGCUCUCUUCUAGGGAAUUUGGCUGACUGGCAUGGGCCACAAGAAGAAUUGGUUCGGACAGAUAUAGUAGAGGAGCCAAGCCCUACUGAGCAUUCUGCAAAUGAAACUCAAAUUCAGCGCCAGAGUAAUGAGAGGGAAAGUAGAUUUCGAUACCUUGACUUGUGUGUUCCCCUCUAUCAAGCCGCCUUAAAAGGUGAUUGGUUGGCUGCUGAGGCUUUACUUCAAAAAUAUCCAGACGUCGUUCGAGAUCCCAUAACAGAAGGGCAUAUGACAGCUCUUCACAUUGCUGCGGCAGCAAAACGCACGAAUUUUGUAAAAGAACUGGUGAAAUGUAUGUCUGCAGAUGACUUAGCAUUGCAAAACAAAGAUGGAAACACAGCACUUUGCUUUGCUGCUGCAUCAGGAAUCGUGACAAUUGCUGAGGAGAUGGUGAAUAUGAACAAUAGACUGCCAUGCAUACGUGAUAGCCAAGGACUGACACCACUUCUAAUUGCAGCUUCACUGGGACGUAGAAACAUGGUGUCGUAUCUAUUAUCUGCGACUCCUUUUGAUCAGUUGACUGCAAUUGAACGCAUUCAGCUCCUUCUUGCUACUAUUUCCACUGAUAUGUAUGAUUUAGCCUUGAAAAUUUUGAAAAUGGAUCGAACAUUAGCAACUGCCCAGGAUGGAAAUCGGAAGACAGCGUUGCAUGAGUUGGCCAAAAAACCUUUUGCAAUUGGCAGCAAGAGUGAGCUAUCAAUAUGGGAAACAUGCUUGAAUUCCUGUUUCAAGGGGUUUUACAACAAAGCUUUGAUGCAAACAUUCGCUCAUCAAUUAGUUGAAGACCUUUGGAAAGAGGUUCGAAUAGUACCAGAUAGAGACUUUUCAAACCUGGUUGACAAUCAUGCUUCUUUUCUUUUUGAUGCUGCAGAAGUAGGAAAUUCUGAAUUUCUAAUGAUACUCGUACGCUCUUACCCUGACCUUAUGUGGAAGCAAGAGACCACUCCAAAUGGUGUACGUAGCUAUGAUUUCCUGUGGGCAUAG